GAGCCCGUAGCCCCGCCCCCCAGGACGGCCUGGGAGGCAGAAGGAAGUUUUACCUCCGUGGCAGGCUGACGGCUGGCGAGGAGCGGGGCGACAAGAUGAGUGCAGGCUCGGACCCCGUGGUCAUCGUCUCUGCGGCGCGGACCGCCAUAGGCUCCUUCAAUGGUGCCCUGUCUACUGUGCCUGUCCACGACCUCGGGACAGCUGUCAUCAAAGAAGUCCUGCAGAGGGCCAAGGUGGCCCCAGAAGAGGUGUCCGAGGUCAUAUUUGGACACGUUUUGGCGGCAGGCUGUGGGCAGAAUCCUACUCGACAAGCCAGUGUGGGUGCUGGGAUCCCCUUCUCGGUUCCUGCCUGGAGCUGCCAGAUGAUCUGCGGCUCGGGCCUCAAAGCCGUGUGCCUGGCAGCCCAGUCCAUAGCCAUAGGAGACUCCAGCAUUGUGGUUGCAGGAGGCAUGGAGAACAUGAGUAAGGCCCCUCACUUGGCUCACCUGAGAGCAGGAGUCAAGAUGGGUGAGAUGCCGCUAGCUGACAGCAUUCUCUGUGAUGGUCUCACAGAUGCCUUUCACAACUACCACAUGGGCAUCACAGCUGAGAAUGUGGCCAAAAAAUGGCAAGUGAGUAGAGAAGCCCAGGACAAGGUUGCAGUUGUGUCCCAGAACAGGGCAGAGCAUGCCCAGAAGGCUGGCCACUUUGACAAGGAGAUUGUGCCGGUGUUGGUGUCUUCCAGGAAAGGUUCUACUGAAAUGAAAAUUGAUGAGUUUCCUCGCCAUGGGAGUAACAUGGAAGCCGUGGCCAAGCUAAAACCUUACUUUCUUUCUGAUGGGACAGGAACAGUCACCCCAGCUAAUGCAUCAGGAAUAAACGAUGGUGCCGCUGCUGUGGUUCUUAUGAAGAAGGCAGAAGCCGAGAGUCGGAUGCUGAAACCUUUAGCAAGAAUAGUUUCGUGGUCACAAGCUGGUGUGGAGCCUUCCAUUAUGGGAGCAGGACCAAUUCCAGCCAUAAAGCAAGCUGUUGCAAAAGCAGGCUGGUCCCUGGAGGAUGUUGACCUGUAUGAAAUCAAUGAAGCCUUUGCAGCUGUGUCUGUUGCAAUAGCUAAAGAACUUGGAUUAAACCCUGAGAAGGUCAACAUCAAUGGAGGAGCCAUUGCCUUGGGCCAUCCCCUGGGAGCAUCUGGCUGCAGGAUUCUAGUGACCUUGUUACACAGCCUUGAGAGGAUGGGCGGGACUCGUGGUGUGGCAGCCCUGUGCAUUGGGGGUGGCAUGGGGAUAGCUAUGUGUGUUCAGAGAGGGUGACCUGCCCGACAGCCAUCACCCUCGAAUGGUUCUUGUUAAAUGUGAAACACUAGCUAGUAUGUGAAAUCAGAGGACCAAAGUGAGGACAGGAACCCAGGUGGACAGCUCGCUGUACUUUAAUGUGAGAUACCCAAGGCUAAGACAUUGCAACCUCACACUGCUAUAAAUAAAAGGGAAAUCCAGUCAGUCAUCAAGGGCUCCAGAGUGAACCGCAUUUCCAUAACUAAGCAUCUUUAGUUUCUGGGUGUAAUGUUCUCUGAUCAUUGUUUUGUUUUUGAGACAGGGCCUCACCAUGUAGCCUUGAAAUUGUUUGGUAGACCAGGCUGGCUUUGAACUCCUAGAGAUCCACCUGCCUCUGCCUCCUGAGCACUGGAAUUAAAGGUGUGUGCCAUUAUGCCUGGACCCCAAAAUGACCCAUUUGAAUACUGGUGAUUGGGGCUUCUGUUGCAAACUUCAGGCUCUUCACUUUAUAUUGGUUCUAAUGCCCCUGCUUGCUUGUUGUCUGAUGGUUUCCCAUUGAUCAAAUCAAGACCAAUCUUGUAAUGGUGAAAAUGUGACUCGAUGACCAAGCUGAUGUAGUGUGUUCCAGCUAUUCUAGACCAGAAGGCUGCGGGACUUCUAACAAGUAUGCCCCUGAGAGCAGGAAAGUGAGCAGCAGGCAGUUUUGAUGUGUUUAUUUCUCUUUGUUCUUACUGGAUAGGAUGUUACCUGCUUCAAAUUCCUGCCUUGACUUCCCCAAAAUGAUGGACUAUAACCUUGAACUGUGAGCCAAGUAAACUCUUUCCUCUCUUA